UCUCGAUGAUGACGUGUUCGAGGAUAGAUGAUGAAGAAGAAGAAGAAGAAAAAGAAGAGUGUGAUGGGAGGGUGAUUGAUGAAGAGUGUGAGGAGGGGGGUGAUGAUGGCUGUGAUGAGGGUGAGGAAGAGUGUGAGGAGGGUGAUGAUGACGAGUAGGAGAGGUCUCAUGAGUGAGGAAUGGGGAUGUGAUGAUGAUGAGGAUGAUGAUGAGGAUGAUGACGAGGAUGAUGAUAAGGAUGAUGAUGAGGAUGAUGAUGAGGAUGAUGACGAGGAUGAUGAUAAGGAUGAUGAUGAGGAUGAUGAUGAAGAGAUCAGGGUUUGUAAACUGGAAAUGCACCAAUCUAACCAAGCAGAUUCAAGAGCAACCGCUCUGCCCAAUGCUCGCGACAGUUCCAACGAUGAUGCCGGGCACUUGGCAGGGACUGCAAUAUCAAGCGAGCAUUCUUGGCCUGCAGCGGAGCGAGCGCAUACCGUUGAUGUCCGGCAACCGUACAGCCGCGAUGCUCGCCUUGAUCGUGACAGAGAUCGUGCGGUCGGGAAAAGGGAGUGGGCAGAGCGAAGUGGUUUCCCGAGGAUGACUCCGGUAACGAACGGAGGAGGGAGUCUCGGCAUGUCAAAACGGCGAGGCGCUGCAGGUUCUUCCUUAUCCGUAUCGCGUGAGUGCAGUGGUCGACAGAUGUUCUAUGGGGACAGCUGUCGGUAUAAUAUUGGGAGCGGGGGUGGUCAGAGGAACAGCGAUGACGGAACUGGGUUUGCCAGCAGUGGGCCUGGCAGUGGUUUGGAGAAUGGAGUGGGGGCUAGGAAGGGGGAGAGGGGGGAUAACUUCUUUGGUGUGAGCCCGUCUUUUAAUCUGGUUGCGACUGGUGGAGAGCAUCGACUGAAGGAUGCAGAAGAGAGACGCAGUGCGCUGGAGAGGGAGCCAGGAUUGACUGCAUACAGCGGCAGUGGGGCAAGCGUCGAUGCGAGAGGAGAGGGGUUUUUGAGUGCAGAGGCGGCAGUGAUUCGUCCGUAUCACUCACUCAGACGUUUGGAGGAGGAAAGGUUUGGCCGUUUGAAGGUUGGAAAUGGUGGGGGAGCGGGUAGCUCACUCGAGACAAGUGGCGGCAGUGGUGGUGUUGGUGGGGCAGCUGCCGCUGUUGGAGGAGCUACCGUAAAUCUGGGAGUGGCUGGUGCACAUGGUGUGGGUUGGGACUUACCUCCAAGGGCCGAGCGAGAGCACCGAACAGAUAGGAUCAGGGGAUUGAAGGGUGAGUGUGGGUAUAGGAAGGUUGGCAGCUUCGGAAGCUCAAGCUUUAUUUCUUUGGUCCAAGAGAGCGGAAGAGAGUGGAAUAACUCCACAGACAGAGAUCGUGAGGGCAUGAGGGUUGAGCGGUAUGGGCGGGAUAGUAGUCGGGGUUGCAUCAAGGCCAAUGGAGAUGGGAGUGGCGGUUGUGGACGGGAGCAGACACCCACACUGUCGACUAUGUCACCGCAGCAGCAGGGGAGCAGUCCUCUGGAGUGGAGGUCUGGCGGGUACAGUGGGUUGCGGGAUAGGCUAGGUGGGACGGGAACGGCGGGGUCCUGGGAGGGAAGCAGUUUGGUACCAAACCAGCUGGCAUCAAUGGAUAACUCAGCCCGGUCAGAUCGGCGAGUCAUGCAUCAUGGCCUUGAAGAUGGUGGAAGUGGGGCUUCCCAUGUCUUGUCGGACCCCCUGCCGUCCUUAUCAACCCUUUCCUCCCUUGGUACGCCUCUCAGGGACGAUACUCAUGUGUCACCGCCGAAGAGGCAGCGGCUUGGGUGGGGUCAGGGUCUUGCAAAGUAUGAAAAAGAGAAAGUGGAGGAGGUCGGAGACGGAAAUUCCACGGCUGCUGUGCAGUCUGCGUCAGGGCAGAAGGUUGCAGACUCUGUGGUGCCUGCGCACACCGCUUCGUCUGAGUCCCCGGUGGAAGCGAGCACAGCUUCCACAACCAAUCCGGUCCCGGUCCCAGUCCCAGCCUCAGACGGUGCUGCAUGCAGUGGCAAGGAUGAUGACGCUUUGGCUCCCACCUCUGGAGGUGCGAAAGAAGGGAAGGGGGAUGCCUCUAGAGGAUUUACUUCAUUGCGGCCACAGCGUGCUUCAUCUUCUGUUUCCUUGUUGGGGACCUCUGCCGACGCCCCUUCAACUUGCAUGCCCUUGCCUUUCGCAGGUUUGAAUUUGCCCCCGAGAACGGCAGGGUCCCUGACGCCUUCUCCUGCAGUUCUGACCUGCGCUUCGCCUCUUCCUCCUGCACCUUCCUCCUCUUUGUUCAGCGGAUCCCAUGCUGUCAGAUCUGGUUCUACACAGGCGGGCCUGCUCGCACUCGGUUCCGCUGCUUCGCUUCCAACUGUUUGUAGUAGUGGUGCUAUGGGUGCAGAGGUUGCCACCAACGGCCAUCGAGCACAGAUGGGUGCGGAUAUCGGGGGGCCUUAUGGCCAGAUCGGGAGGUUUCCGCCUCCGGGCUCACGAUCUACAAGCACUCUACCACUAAACUUCACAUCUGGACUCAUAUUCCCGUCCAAUGCACUACGCAUUCCAGGCUAUGAACCGCCCAUCACACGCCCCUUGAAGUCUCCACCUCCUCCUCUGAGCCCUCUUCCUGUUGCACCGCUGUUAAAAACCUCUGUUGCUCCGGUGACUGCAAUGAUGGCACCGAAGAUUGGCGGAGCGUCGACUUUCUCUGCCAGCUCUUUGACCCCUUCAAUGCACGUGCCACAAUUCUCAUUGGUGGGGAAUUUCACGGGGUUAACAUCCACCCCCUCUAGUGCUGGUGUCAGGGCUGCAACAACCUGGAUCAACAGUGUCACUGUGUCCGCGACAGGUCCGUCUGCUCCUCCAAGGUGUUCUGGUAAAGCUGGUGCACCGCAGGAUGGUCUGCGUGGGGAUGGUCACACCUCAGUGGGCUCAGGUGAACAGUCUGUCGCAAGCAGCCAGUGUCUAACGAAGUCUGAGAAAUCGCCAUGUGUUGGAGAACGAGCAUCCAGCUUGGGAAAUUCUCAUGAUAUGGAGAAGCUGGAUGCAGAGGUUGCCCCCCCAGAAAAUGCGGCGGAGGGUAUUUCAAAGCUGGGUGACGUUGGGGGCGGCAACGUAUCGUGCUUAUCGAAAGAGGGGAAAUCGGGCGUGGUGGAAAAGGUGGAGUCAGAGACCGAACGGCGCGAAAAGGAUCUCGCCGCUCUCAAUGUGGAAAAUGGUAAGAAUGAUGGCGUGGAACCGGGUAAUGGUUCGCUGCAACCAGAGUGUGGUGGGAAUGCGGGAUCCACUUCACUUGUUCCCAAUGCUGAAGGCGAGCAGAAGAACGGUGCGGCUGGAAGUGUGCCUGCUGCAGGUCGUGACGGUUUGUCACAACCGGAUCGUAGUGCGAAUGCAGGAUCGGAUUUGCCUGUUGCAGGUACCGAAGGAGAGCAGAAAAGCAUGUCGGCAAGCGUGCCGAACCAGGAUGAUCCGAUGGAGGCUAUUGCCAGUGAUGGGUGUGAGAGGUCUGGUGGGGCCGUUGCCGAGACAGAUGGUUGGACACCUUCCCAGCCACUAGGAGGGGAUGACAAUGCAGAACAGGCAGAUGAUGCUGCGGCCAAACGGCAGAUGGCAUCUAUGCAGCAAACGGAUGGAGAUGAGGUGGCUGCUGCGAUGGAGACUGUUGUAUGUGGAACCGAGGAACAGAGGGUAAGAGAGGCAGAGACAGAUGCCCCAGAGGGAGCAGCCGCUGCAUUACCUGAGCCUGUGGGCAUGGGUUUGUGUUUGAGCAGUCCUGAUGCGGAAAUGGGCUGUGAGACGGGAGCAGAAGUCCAUGAUAAAGACACGGGAGAGAAGCCUUGUCCGGUGUUGGAAGCAGGAGUGGCUGGGGCACAACCUGUUGAAGACAAAUGUGAAACAACAGGAGCAGUGAGUGUGGAGGCUGACAUGGAUACUGAAAAUGUGAAGAGGGCGGCAGAGAGCGUAGAGCAGAUUGCUGCUGCCGCUUUGCAAAGCAUUUCUGAAGUGAUGUGUGAACACAGUUCCCCCCCGGAAGAAGGGUUGCAUGUCGACACUGUGGCUGUUGAUGCUGUGGCAACAGGUACAGUGUCAUCGGAGGCGCAGGGGCAGGAAAAGACGGUCGAUGUCAUGGACAUAGUUGACAGUACCAUCCGGUCAUCCCUGGACAAGCUCUGUGAGAACAGGAGAAGAGCACAGCUGGCGCACGACGCACUUUCACACCUUUUGCCGACUGGGAUGUCUCUAGACCCCUCAGAUGCGAAUAAACUGUACAGCACUCCGGAGGAGGCUCCCCGAUGGAAGGAAAACACAGCGUCACACAAGCAGGUAGCAAAGGCAAUGGAAGCUGUGCUUUUGGAGAGGAUGAAGGAUCUGCAGUUCAAAGAGAAGGUGCUUGCGCUGAAGUUUAGAGCUCUGAGAGAGAGCUGGAAACAUGAGCAGGCCAUGAGCAGCAGGAAAGGGAGGCCAGUCAGGGAUAAACACUCUCGGAAAAGUGACGGUGACAAGAGGCUUGGUCCGACGCUGCAAACGCAACGGCGUGCCCGACCCCAUGGUGGUGGGUCUUCUUCAAAUGUGGUGGAUGCGGAAGGGUUUCAAGUUGUGAAAAAACUGUUGGCAGAGCAAGGAGUGGAGAAGAUGAGGGCGGAAUCGAAAAUGCCGCCAAUGAUAUUGGAUGAGAAGGAAAGGAACACCAACCGAUUCAUCAACACGAACGCUUUGAUCAGAGAUCCGAUUGCUCUGGAAGAGGAGAAGAAGUGGACAAAGCCUUGGACUGCUGAGGAGAAGAAGAUAUUCAUGGAGAAGUUUGCCCUGUUCAACAAAAAUUUCAAAAAGAUUGCCUCGUUUUUGGACGACCGGUCUACUGGCGAUUGCGUCAUGUUCUACUACUUGCACCAGAAGUCGGAAGAAUUCACGAAGAUUCGUUGCCCGCAGCAGCUGAAGAAGAGAUCUUUUGUAAAACCGAAUCCGAUAUUCAUGGAUUUGAGCCAGUCCGGUGUCUCUUCUGCUGGCAGGAGUCGUGAAGCGACUGUCACCGCCUACCAGAAGCCUGCAGGAGGUGAAGGUACUGUAAGCGCUCGUGCAGAGCGUACUGCUGCUGUUGAGCCGCAUCCUGUUAUCCGACAUGCAAGGACUCCCGAUCGUGGCAGAGCGGGACCACCAUUCGCUUUGGAAGGAGUCGGAUCCGACGGUAGCAAGGGUACCGGGCAAGCAGUCCUUGCCGGUCCUGUUGACUUUGCCCCAGGCGGCCGGGAUAGCGGUCAACAUCAUUACUUGCCUCCUGGCACAAGCGGCAAGGAUGGUAGCAGUUGCACAGUGAAAGCACAAAGGCGUGCUUGCAAGGAUGGUGGCGGAAGACUGGAAGUUAUCGCCGAGGAGCUGCCAUUUGCCUCUUCUUUUCAUCCAAGCAGCGCAGAGUUGGCCACAAUUGGUGGGGGUGAUGGCAGUGCAGCGGCGGUUCAUGGAGCUGAGAGCGCAGCGACUGCUGAUAAGAUUAAUUAUCACACGUCGGCCAAGAGCGGGAGUGCUCAUCCGGCGGCAAUACCAAAUGCUGAUGUGGUGACCAGGGCCUGGUCUAGGAGGCAAGAUGUCUCACAAAACCAGUCAUGGGGCUAUGUGGAUGCACAGAACUGUGACGUUAGUGAAGGAGCACAUUUGGAGGGGCACCCAUUUUCACAGCAGGUUGCUGCCAUGUCGAAGAGGGAUCCGGACGUCAGGUUGCAACAGCCGCCGGCAUGGAAGCCUGAAGGUGGUGAGUGGAGGAGGCGGGGUCAUGAGUGUAGUCCAGCAUUAAUUGGAGGGGAGGAGAAGGAUAUCAGUGCCAGUGUUUCGGACGAGGAUUUGGAGCAUAAAUCUGACAAGACCAAGGAGAUUUCUGCGGACAAGGAUAUGAAGGGCAGCAGUGCUGGUGCCCUUGCCGAAAGGGUUGAUGGUCCUGACAAUUGCGCAGUCUCAGUGGCAAAAGAUGGAGAAGGCGGUGGAAGUGCAGAAAAACUGCAACAGAACUGUGAAAAGAGUGCUGAUGGUAGGAACUUGCCAGCAGAGGCCAUGGAUAUUACACCGGCUGCAGGUGGUCGGUGCGCACGAACUGAUGCAGGGAUUCCCAUGGCAGAGGAGGCGGAGGACAUCACUUCUGAUGUCCCUCGCGUGAACCGCAUACAGGAUGCGGGUGCUGCGGAUGAGGUGAGUUGCAGGGUAGAGAAUGCCACGCUUGAGAAGGCACAUAGCAGGCUUGCGAUUGUAGAGCUGCCUAUCGACAAAGUGGAUGCGAUAUUGAGCACAGCUGACAUGCAGCAGGAGGGAGCGGCAUUCGCAGAAGCAGCACGGGCUGAAGCAACUGCAUUGCCAAAGGGUUUGCAGAUCCCGGACCGUCCAGAAGAGGGAGAACCCCAAGCCAAUGACUCUUCCUUGUGCAGGGACGAACCGAUGGAGGGGGGUGCUGAUGAUGUUGUGUACAAAGCUGAUGAUGUUGAGACUGCUGCAACACCAGAAGCUGGUUGCUAUGACAGCUACGAAAAGAGCACAGGACGUAGCCCUGCAGACAACAAUGCUUAUGAAGUCAAGACAGAAGGGGAGCAAGAUGCGAAAGACCAGUAUGGUAGAGGUGGCAGUGAAGGUGGUUUAGGAGCAGAGAGUGACGAUAGGAAGAUGAGUAGGCAUGCAGUUGGAGGUCAAGGUGAGCUACCUAGUGGGAGAAGUAAUGUUUCCUGUGCUGAUGCGCGUCUUGAUGGGAACGUAUGCCAGGGUGUCGAUGUGCACACAGAUGGAGGUAAUCAUCAUACAUGUAAAACUGAUAGGGGUUCUGUCAUGUCCGAGGAGAUCGAGGGCGUCACUGGCAACGGGCCUUUGCUGGAUCAGCAGCAGGGUACUGCUGCUAUUCUGAAUGAGGUGACUCACAGGGUGGAGAAUACCCUGCUGGUGAUGGCAGACGGUAAGGUUGGAUCUCUCAUGCGGCCUCUUGACGAAGUGGGUGGGAUACUGGAUGCAACUCGUAUUCAGGAGGCGAGCAUGGCAUUCACAGAAUCAGAACGGGUUGAAGGUAACACAUUGCCGGAGUGUUCCCGGAUUCUCAACCCCCCGGGAGAGGGAGAACCUGAAGUCAGUGGCUCGUCCAUGUUUAGGGAUGAGCCGAUGGAGGAGAGGAGUGCUGAUGUCAGGCUCAAAGCUGAUGAUAUUGUGGCCGCUCCGAUACCUGAGAUGGAAUACUAUGACAGAUACCGUGUGAGUGCAGAGUGCAGCCCGGUUGACGACACGGCUUACGAAGUGAAGACAGAACGUGGUGAGGAAGAGGGGAAAGGUCAGUGUGCUAGAGGUGGCAGUGGAGGCGGAGGGGCAGAGUGUGAGGACAUGGACAUAGGGAGGCAUGGAAGCGAAGGACAAGGCGAGCUAUCGGGUGCAAGGAGCAGUGCUUCGGAGGGUGAUGAGAGUGUUGAGGGGAAUGUAUGUGAGGCAGGUGAUAUGGCUGGACAUGGAAGUAGUGUUUCGUGCAAAGGCUCGGUUGAUGCGCAGGUUAAUGAGUGCGAGGCCAAGCCUGUCCAUCCUGUUGCGGAUAACCGCGGAGUUGAGAGGGUCGAGGACGGCAAUGACGCGGAUCUAGAUGAAGAGGAGGAGGAACGGCAGUUUGCAACAGAGAUUGAGGCUGCUGUAGAACAUGCAGACGAUGAUGAAGACGAACAGGAAUUGGAGACGGAGGAGCAAAAUGAUGAUGGUACUGCUGAUGCUGAUGAUGACGAUGAUGGUCAUGAUGGCAAUGCUGAUGAUGAAGAACAGGAAGGUAUAAAAGGCGAUGGUGGUAGCGGCGAUGGUGGUAGCGGUGGUGGUGGUGACAGUCAAAGAGGGGAGGACGUGUUAUUAGGUAGGAUUCAGGAAAUGAGAAUGGCAGUGUUGCCUGUGAAAGGGGAGUCUGAUCCCAACCAUGGUGUGGACAUAAUCUUGGACGAUAGAACUGCCUCCAGUGAAAGCGUUGAGAAUAUUAAGGUGGAGGUGGAGGUGGAAGAACGUGAGAUGAUGCGGACAGAAGGGGCGGGAUUCCAUGAGGAGAGGCCGUGGGAUGAUGAUGGUCAAGAAGUCAUGGGGUGCAGGAAGUGGUGUGAACCACGGCUGCGUGGUCCCGCGUGGGAUUGCCGCAAUGAGCAGAUGCAUCCUCUGUUUGUUACUGAUCUGAGAGGAGGCAUGGAGGGGAACGAGAGAGAGAGCGCCCCGUGCAAAGCGCAGAGCACAUUAGCGAGGCCAGUUCCAACCCUGAAGGCAGCAGGAGAGGCAAAGGCCAAGGUUCCUAAGAUGGAGCUGUGUAGUGUGCUGGAUAUAGGUUAUGACAGGUCGGAAAGCGGGAAAGCAUCGCUUGGAGGGUUCGCACAGUGCAAUACGAGUACAACUCAGUACUAUAGUCAGGAGAAGAAGCCGAGUUUGAACGAUCACAUCAUGUCGAAGAGAACUCCGCCCUCCACGAACCUACGGUUAGAUGGACUGGCACGUGCAGGCGGUGGGUGGGAGAAUCUGGCCAAACCUCUGGCCCAGAAACCUGUUCCAGCCUCUGUGGCAUUACCAGUGAAGAGGGAGAAGGAUCACACAGGAAUGACAGUAGGGGUGCCAUUGAACCAAGGGCCUGGCAGCAGUGGGAGUGUUGCUGCGGGUGUGCACUCGGUGGCGGAAAAGGACAGAUCAUCUUCGAAAGGUAGUGGCGGUGGGGUUGGAGAAGGAAAGGUGAGAAGAGAGCCGACGACAUGGUCGCAGGAAGAGAAGGAUAAAGUUUUUGAGGUAAUUGAGAGGCAUGGGAAGGAUUGGAAUCUGUUGCAGGAAUGUCUCCCUAGGAAAUCACUGGUGCAGAUCAAAACGUUUGUACAGAAUUCGAAGGCCAAGUUUGGGGCGAUGGCGGAGGGAGGAGCUGGGGCACUGCAUCGCGUAGGUGAACGAGGCCGCAAGCGCAAAAGCGAGGAUGACCUCGUCGGAUCUUCUAGCAGUUAUUCUGUGCCGGCAAUGGCAUCCUCUUUGCACCGUCAGCAGAUGAGCCAGAUGCAAGUGCGUGAUCAGCACCAGGAUGGCCAGCCCUCGCAGCCAAUUCAUCCAAUCCCAGUUGCGGCAGUAAUCUCAGUGCACGGGUCUCCAGGGUCGCCAUCUCCGGCACGGGUGGUUGCUGAUGAAGCAAAUCUGACGGGAGUGAGCGGUACUCCUUCCAAAGGUGGUAGAGUGCAACCCGGAGUCGUUGGUGGUGAUGCAACUGCCUUCUCUCCACCGACGGGUAUUCCUCGCCAUAUGGGCAGUGAAAUGCUUCAUGAACAUGCGACGCUAGCUGCCUUUCAGCAAAUGAUGAUGCAAAUGUUUCCACGGAACAGUUACGGUCCACCGCCGGGUGCAGCUGCAGGUAUGGUGCCUGUGUUUCACCCUGCGCAUCCCAUGUUCACUCCGGCCUUCACAGCGAUGAGCCGACCUGUCCCAGUGCCUCGGCACCCAGCUGCCAUGCCACCGUUCGGCCUGUUGCCGGCAGGAAUGGCUCCUGUUGGGCUUACCCCUGUGGUCUCUCCAGCGGCGGCUCAGAUCCCUGGCAUGAAGAAAGCAGACACCACCACCUCUAUAGGAGUGCCGCCUGACAUUGAUGUGUGUAUGGCCCCUAUGGUGAGGGGAAUAAUCGGUGGGCGAGAGGAGGAACUCCUCUCUCCGUUUGCACAGAGUGUGAAGCCUGUAGCAACAGUGGCACAGGCUCAUGGUCAGGGCCAGGGUCAGUGUCAGACUCACGCUCAAGCGCAGGGUCCAAGUCAGCCGCAGGCCCAGGCUCAACCUCAAGGGCAAAGCCCCACUCAUACACAGCCUCAAAGUGUGUGGAACGCGCAAGUGGACUGCGUUCCGCAACCCCACUCCCAUCGUUCUCAGACUUCGGGCGAUGUGAAACUCUUUGGACAGUCCCUUCUGAGCCAACCCCAGCCGUCAAACGCUCAAAACGAGGUUACAGCUUCCGGCAUGUAUCUCCGAGAGACGUCGGCACCGGUCGCCGUAGUUGUAAAGAGGGCCGCGACCGUCAACACCUCGCAGGAUGGAGGGGGGGAAUCGGAUGCGGUUGGUCAAUCUGGUUGCUGUGGUGUCGAUGGCACAAACACUUGUCUCGGGAGCAGCAGUGUGGCAGGCGGAGGAGCUUUUGGGAUUCUCUCCCCAGGAGCAGGUGGCGGGUUUGUGGCGCCAGCUGCCUUUGGCGGUCCGCAGUUGAUGCUGCCAUAUGCCUCUGGGAACCUGCACAGGUUAUCAGCAUUGGCUGACGGGAGGGAGAUUCCCACUGUGGCUGCUAUACCAUCCGCUGUACGGAUUGGCGGACCUGCUGUUUGGACUGUCCCACCCCGACCAGCUAUGGCUGGCGAUCUGUGGGCAUCGUUCAUGGCUCAUCAUCAUCAUCAUCAUCACCCAAAUGUUGGACAACCUGUAGCUAUGGUGGGUAGGGAAGUAGCCGUUGAUGAAGCUCUUUCCAGGGAACGCAGUGUGCAUGAAUCUGUGUCGAGGGUGACGGAACGGCUCUCGAGGAAGGAACCCGAAGGGGGAGCGGGCUCAGCGACCAGAAGGUCUGCUGAUAGUGGUAGCAGCCACAGCAGGAAGUCGGGCGCGGAUGGUGGGAGGAGGAUUUGUCCAGUGGAAGUUGUCCCACAGGAACGUAUGCAGACAGGCCCCACCUCUGAAUGUGAGCGAACUGAGGGCGCAUCUCUGGCUGCUGCAGACCAUCGGACAGAGCCGAGCGUGGCCAUUCCUAGAAGCAGAGGGAGAGGUGCCAGUGCAACAGUUGAAGAACCGAUGGAUGCUGUUCACGACAGCGCGAGAGACGGUUCUGAGCAGCAGCAGCAGCAGCAUGAUUCGCCUCGUGGCAUUAGUCCACAACAUGGCAUUAGAACGUCGGUCCAAAGUGUGGGGGGACCAUCAACGCCAGGGCAUAGCCCAACUGCAGCUGCUUCGGUGGCCAGUCAUCCACGUACGAUGUGGGAUUUCAUGGCGGCAGCCUAUGCGCAAGAGUGGCCAGGAGGGCUAGGCGGCCAACAUCCGUCGAUGGGGUUAGGGCGGUUUGACUGUUCGCCUGCUGGCAUGGUUUGGGAUAACUUCAGAAGAGUGGGACUCGUGCCAGCUAGAGGGAGAGCGCCCGUUGUGAACCCCUUGGCCCGGGGGGUCCUGGGGUCGGUCGGCGCAGGACUCAACCUUGCGAUGCCGGAAGGUCUACAGGGUGCAGUUCGAGAGGGGAGUAUUUAUUACCCUGCAGCACCCGUAAUGCCAGCGAUGAAUAUGCCAAUCCCCCCGCAAGCAUCGGCGUGGACUCCAGCCACGAUUUCUGCUCAACGAAAUGACGCCGCGGCAAGAGUGAUGAUAAUGGCAAUGGCUGUCAAUAAGCAGCAGCAACAGCAGCAGCAGCAGCAGCAGCACCAGCAGCAGCAGCAGCAGCAGCAGCAACAACAACAGCAGCAGCACCAGCACCAGCAGCAGCAGCAGCAGCAGCAACAACAACAACAGCAGGGAGAAGGAGCUGGGGCAGGGGUUGGGGGGGAUCGCUCCGAAGACCACCACCUACCCACGGAGGGGAGAGACCUAGACAUGAGGGGUGCUCGCGAUGCCGGAGUGACGUCGGGGAUGGAUAUCGAUGGCGAGGACAACCGUGACAUGUUGACGACGACGGAGAGGACAACCGUCGCUGAGGCCGUCAAUGUCGUCCUCUCCCGUUGCCAAAUGGAGAGCAGUGAGGGGAAGUUGAAAGCAACUGUUCGUGCACACCGCAAGCUCACAGCGCUGCCGACGACUGGCGAUGGCUUCGACAUUGGUGCCAUUUCGGACGCCAUCCUGCAGGUGUGCUAUGCGAUGGGGUGCAGCGCAUUUCCACGGGCGACACCAAGGUGGUGGAUAAAGCGACGGACGGGGGGUACGUGGGAGGAUCUGCGACAAUGUGAUGACGCCACAAUAGAUUACUUCAAGGAGAAGCUGCGAAUGUUGCCACGUGUUUUCCGCGAGAUUGCGAGAACUCUGUCUCCAUACCUACAACGCCGUGUGAUGCUCUACAGGGUGUCGUUGCAGCCAGACCAAAUCAUCGCGUACACUCUGUAUAGGUGGGCGUUGGGGGAGACACACGAUAGCGGGACAUGAAACUUCGGCAUUGGCAGGUCUUCCGGCUUAACGGCGGUGUGGGACGUGACUGCUGUUUUGCU